AUGGAGAGCAAAAUUGAUGCGGCAACCGUUCGGUCACAAUUCAUAGAAUUUUUCGAAUCUAAGGGGCAUAAAUAUGUUCAUUCUUCAUCUGUGAUCCCACAUAAUGACCCAACCCUGUUGUUUGCCAACGCUGGAAUGAAUCAGUGGAAGUCAAUCUUUCAAGGAACAGUAGAUCCUAAUACAGAAAUGGCAACUUACAAGCGCGUUGUAAAUUCUCAAAAAUGUAUCCGUGCAGGUGGCAAACAUAAUGAUCUUGAAGAUGUUGGUCGAGAUGUCUAUCACCACACAUUUUUUGAAAUGCUUGGAAACUGGUCUUUUGGUGAUUAUUUCAAAAAAGAAGCCUGUAAAUGGGCUUGGGAACUUUUGACUCAGAUUUGGAAACUUCCUAAAGACCGAUUUUAUGUCACUUACUUUGGAGGUGAUAAAAAACUUGGACUCGAAUGUGAUGAAGAGGCACGACAAGUUUGGCUCGAUUUAGGAAUCCCUGCAAAUCGAAUAUUGCCAUUUGGUAUGAAGGACAAUUUUUGGGAGAUGGGCGAAACAGGUCCUUGUGGUCCUUGUUCGGAAAUUCAUUUUGAUCGUAUCGGUGGAAGGGACGCUUCGAAAUUCGUAAAUAUGGAUGAUCCAGAUGUUUUGGAAAUCUGGAACUUGGUGUUCAUUCAGUAUAAUAGAGAAGAAGGUGGUAACCUACGUCAUCUACCAGCGAAACACGUGGAUACGGGAAUGGGCUUAGAGCGCAUUGUUUCUGUUCUUCAAGGGAAACGAUCAAACUACGAUACUGAUCUGUUUGUCCCCUAUUUUGAAGCCAUUCAUAGGGCCACUGGUGUGCGACCAUAUGCUGGUAAAAUAGGGGAAGGUGAUGAAGGCAAUAUUGACCUCUCUUACCGAGUACUGGCUGAUCAUGCGAGAAAUCUCACCAUUGCAUUAAGUGAUGGUGGUCAAAUUUCCAAUACUGGUCGUGGAUAUGUCCUACGGCGUAUUCUCCGACGUGCCAUUCGGUAUUCAAUUGAAGUCCUCGGCGCAAAACCUGGCUUCUUUUCCUCUCUUGUGGAUGCGGUUGUUGCUUCUCUGGGUGAUGCUUUCCCUGAAGUCAAAAAGGAUCCGGCAUCAGUUAAGGAAAUAAUUAACGAAGAGGAACAACAGUUCCUAUUAACUCUCCGACGAGGUCAAAAGCUACUUCAACGCGAGGUAGAACGCAUAAAGAAGGCCAAACAGACAACUCUGCCAGGAUCUGUUGCUUGGCGCCUCUAUGACACUUAUGGUUUCCCUCUCGAUCUCACUCAAAUUAUGGCUGAGGAGUUGGGCGUUCAAGUUGAUGUGGAUGGCUAUGAGAAGGCGAAAGAAGAAGCUUUGUUGAAAAGUCAAGGAACUGCUAGCGCGGGAGUUGCAGAUGUGGACCUAGAUGUUCAUGAUAUUGCAAGUCUGCAGGCAAAGGGUACUCCGCUGACUGAUGAUAGCCUAAAAUACGAGUACAAGUAUAGCAACAAGAAACGAAUCUAUGAGUUCGCGGAGUGUACUGCAAAGAUUCUUGCCAUUCGAACAGGAGAUGGAUUUGUCGAUAAAGUCGAUGGUACGGGUUCAGUGAUCGGCCUCGUCCUUGAUCGCACUGUCCUCUAUGCUGAAGCUGGUGGCCAAUCCGAGGACCACGGUUUCAUUGUUAGUGAAGAAAAUGAGGCCAAUGAACUUGAAGUAAUUGGUGUUCGCAACAAGGGUGGUUUCGUACUGCACUUAUGCCGAUUUGAAGAAGGCUCCCUACGAAAGGGCGAAAAUGUUCGUGUCAAUUUAGACACUGUUCGACGAGUUGGUUUGAUGCGCAAUCACACAGCUACUCAUGUACUCAACUUUGCUCUCCGGCGUGUACUUGCUGGACAAGAUGCUGACCAAAAGGGUAGUCUUGUUGCUCCUGACCGGUUGCGCUUCGACUUCUCUUCGAAACACGCUCUGACUAAGAAGGAAGUUCAAGAAGUUGAGAAGGCAGCCCAACGCAUGGUAUCGUCUGGGCAGCCAAUUUUUGCAAAAGACGUGCCACUGGUCGAUGCAAAAGCUAUUAAGGGACUACGUGCUGUGUUUGGUGAAGUUUAUCCUGAUCCUGUUAGGGUUGUGUCUGUUGGUGUACCGGUGGAGAAGCUGAUUUCAGAGAAAGAUAAUGACAGAGCAAGCAGAACGUCAGUGGAACUUUGUGGUGGAACGCACGUCACGAAUGUGGGCCACAUUGGCAAGUUUGUGAUCAUUUCGGAGGAAGCAAUUGCAAAGGGUAUUCGAAGAGUUGUUGCUCUAACUGGACCUGAGGGUGAACGCGCCGAGAAAUUAGCUCACCACCUGCAACAAGAAGUUACCACCUAUGUAGACGCCAUCCUUCAAGCCACCUCCAAGAAAUCCGUCAAUAUGGCCGUCUUGCGUCCCCUCUCGAUUAAGUUCACCUCUGUGUCCGAGAGGGUGGAUUCUGCACAAAUAGGCGUCUGGCCAAGGGAGACCAUGCGAAGUGCCCUGGCGGGUGCCAAAUCUCGUCUGGACGAGCUGGACAAAGCGACAAAGGCGGCUACCGCUGGUCUUGUGAUGGAAGAGGCCAAACAGCUGUGUCAAUCGGCAUCUGGAGACUUUAUUGUCCAUGUCUUCAACGCGGGAUCUAAUGCUAAAGCUCUAAAUUCUGCAUUGAAGGAGAUGGAGAAGUCCUUGCCUUCAACGGCUGUGAUGGCACUUUCGUUAGAUUCUGAAAGCAAUAAGUUGCUUUGUCUGGCUCAAGUUCCUAAGGCCCUCUCAGGACGUGGUUUGAAGGCGAACCUUUGGGCUGGUUGCGUUUCCGCUUUGAUUAAUGGAAAAGGCGGUGGCAAAGACACCUCAGCACAGGCCAGUGGAUCUCCUAAUGGUGUCUCUAUGGACCAAGUGAUCAGAGCUGCAAAGGAUUUUGUGAAGGCAAACCUCAAAUAA